AUGGCAACGACCAUCGCCACUCUUCCCGCUCCCGCGGAGGCCGCGGCUGGGGAGGAAGAGUCGGCGAUAUCGAAGCUGCCACCGGCGUCGGGGGGCAGAUGGAAGCGGACAAAGAAGGGGUCACCAACCGCCGUCGCGCCAAUCAACUGCCUCGACGAUGGCUGCCUCAUGCACAUCUUUAGCUUGCUCAGCCCUAUCCCCGGUUCGUGGAACCCUGUCCGCCCUUCCUCUUGUGGAUUAAUCGAUUUUUUUUAUUCCUUUUGUUUUCUGCGAGCUGUGACUGAACCUUAUUGUUCACAAUUGUAAUAGCAAUGCUCUCUCUCUCUCUCUCUCUCUCUCUCGCAAUUGGGUGCGAUGGACCUGUUGAUUUCAGAUGCCGUGAGUUAGGAUUCGUGGGUUUGAUCGAAGAAGAUAAUUAGAACAGUUACUCGUACCGUGGGAGGCUUUAGCAAACGCUCCCUGUAGAGUUUUUUCCGUUUUCAUACUAACCGUGAAGCCAUUUUCACCUUAUUUUAUUGCUUUCUUAGGGUUUAGUAGCAAUUGAACCUUAUUUGUAGUUCUCCGUGGGCUCCCCCAUUGGAGGCUUUCUCAUAUGAACUGCUGGAAUUUGUCUUCGGAGUCCCUGGAUUGAACUACCUAUAGAAUUUUUGUGGCAAAUUUUAAAAUAGCAGCGUGCAGCCAGUGUUGUGAUCUCAGUGAACUGUGACAUUGGCCUUGUGCAUAAAUUUCUAGAGCUAGAUAAUUUAGUAGUAUUUUCAGUGUUUUUGUUGGUUAUCUAAUGCCAUUUACUUUGCCGGAAGAAGUAAUGCACUUGGAUACCUGUUGACAUCAGACUAUGUGACGAACGACGUCAAUUAUUGCUGAAGUUUUUUAUUAGGAUCUGUUGUGUAUUCAUACUGAAUCUGAUUCAUAAUCUGAUCCUCUUAAAUCCCUAGUAGACGAUGUGAAAGAUGCACCAUGGGUUUUUCUUGAGAGAUAAACUAGUGAAGCGCAUGUAAAAGGGACAACGAAGAAGGGAAUCCUUGCUUGGUUGAGCAGGAGGAUGCCAUGAAAGGAUCCUUCCAGUGCACCUGUUCCCAUUGAUCAUCACACUGCAUAUCAGAUUUUGAGGUGUUAUGGCUGCUUCCUGAUAGGAGAGAAUAGGUGGAGUGUCUCAACAUCAGAGAUGGUGAGACCGAGGACUGGUAACGCUGAUAUUGUUGGUCAUGAGAAUUUCUAAAUUGGGUUGCAGGGAGGAAGAAGAGCAGGACGGAGGAGUCUACCGGAUCAGGCUCCAACGUGCUUACUCAUGUAAAAGGAACAGUUAAUUAGCUAGCACGUGACAAGUCAUAGGCUUGUCAGCAGGCAGCUAUUUGCUAAACUGCUUAUGGGUAUAUUGCAGCAGGCAGGGUUCAGCAGAAGUGGUUCCAUUGAUCUAUCAUGUUUCAGUUUGGGAGUUGAGAGGAUAAUGGAGAGAGGAAAGGACUUAACAGUCUGGCCUUGCGUUGACCCUUGCUGUGAGGAGUAGACAGAAGACAUCUGCAUGUCCAUUGAUGGAGAAAUCAGCACCCCACCCAGUGGAUAGAGUACCAGACAGAUCAGUUUGACGGCCGUUUUUUUAACCCUUGGGAAACCUUUGGCUUGAAGUGCAUAUGGGGGACAAGAACCAGAUUUCGAUCAUGUUAGGUAGCGGUUUCAAGCAUUGAGGGUACGUUGUACUGGUGAUGGCCACUGAUGCAGAGGAUCAUUCAGAGGGCGAGGGUUAGUAGAGAACAUUCACUUGAACAAUCCAAGACCUUCUGCCUAAGAGGGUAAGGGAUAGGGUUUAUGUGAAUCCUCAAACGGCCAUAUGACCUGCGUGAGGUUUUGAAUGCUGAUAAUUAAUAUUAAAAAUAUUUUUCUGCAUGCUUCAUUUUCUUAGAUUAUCAUCAAUGCUUUCUUAGAUUGGGAUAUCCUGAGCUUCCCUGGUCAGAAUUUCAUAAUAUCAAUGUCUGAUUUUAUCAUACGACUCUUUCUACCAUCUCUCGGACUUGCAGAUCGGUACACGACGGCCCUCGUGUGCCACAGAUGGCGGCACCUGGCCUGCCACCCACGCCACUGGUUGCGGGUUGAGCGGUCCAUCAAAUGCGCUUCCCGGCCGGGGGUCUUCCCAGACCUUAAGACCGCAAUCUCUGCUGCGAGGUUGGCAUUGCUUCUGAUUUUUCUUAAGAGUAUAGAGAAGGCAUGUAUGGUAUGUAACCCAGAAAAUGGUCCUGCUGUUUGAAGGCCGGGGGACACCAUUCUGAUUUCUGCUGGCGGUAGCCAUCUUGCAUCCGAUAUCCAGAUCAAGAAGCCUCUUUGUCUUGUAAGAGAGAAGUCUCUCUUUUACUCUCAGACAUGAAUGGUUAGUGUGAGCUGCCCCGCCUCUCCACUGAUCGCGUUCUUCUUCGUCUCCCCCAGGUGGGCGGCGGGGCUCUCCCUGAGGACACCAUAUUGACCUGCUCCCGCGGUUCCGACAGGUACCCACCUCAGUUUCUAGUUUUGUAUUAUGUACGGACUCGGAUCAGGUGAGAGUGGAUAUAUAUCCUUUUCGGGAGAAUGUUCACGUCGUCGCUGGUCGACCAGCGGAGCUUGUAGCUUGACCACACGCGGGUUGGUGUUCAUUUGUUUGUGGGGGCAGUGCGAUCGAGUUCCUGUCCACGUGCAAGGUGGCGAACCUGACGGUGAGGGCGGAGCUGGGCUGCUGCUUCCUGCACCGGAGCGGGCGGCUCACCGUGGAGGGCUGCGUGCUGCAGUGCGAGGAGAACCCUCUGGACUUCCUCUCCUUCCCCAUCGUGAGCACCGCCGCGCCGGCGGCGGCAAGGGCGCGCGGUGCGGACCGCGUCACCGUCGCAGAGACCCGCAUAGAAGGCGGCGCCAAGGCCGUGCUCUCCUGCGGCACGCUGACCCUUCAGCACGUCCGGGCCAUCUACGCCCCCAAGGCGAUCUUCUUCUGGUUCGAAGCUGUGGAGAAGUGA